UCACUGUCCCUAGGCCAGGGAGAGCGCGGCUCCGCCCCUCCCGCCCCCGCCGGAGCGCAGAGCCUGGAUCGAAGACUAACCGGCCCCAGCCCAGGGCCAGCCCAGUCGCCGCCGCCCGCCCACAAAUCCACAGGCAGGUGCAGGCGCAGCCGCUGAGCAAGCGGGCAGAGCGGAGCCGCUAGAGCGCGCGCCGUCUGUGUAUCCAUCCGUCCGUCCAUCGGGGCGUCCAUCCGUUGGCGCUCCGCAUCUCCGGCCCAGGCCCCAGCGGCCCGACGUCGUCCCGCACCCGGAGCCGUCCGGCAGAGCCGGCUUUGGCGCGGCAGCCAUGUCCAUGGGCCUGGAGAUCGCGGGCACCUCGCUGGCCGUCAUGGGCUGGCUGAGCACCAUCGUGUGCUGCGCGCUGCCCAUGUGGCGCGUGACAGCCUUCAUCGGCAGCAGCAUCAUCACGGCACAGAUCACCUGGGAGGGCCUGUGGAUGAACUGCGUGGUGCAGAGCACGGGCCAGAUGCAGUGCAAGGUGUACGAUUCGCUGCUGGCGCUGCCGCAGGACCUUCAGGCGGCCCGCGCUCUCAUCGUCGUCGCCAUCCUGCUGGCCGCCUUCGGGCUCCUUGUGGCGCUCGUGGGCGCCCAGUGCACUAACUGUGUGCAGGACGAUACGGCCAAGGCCAAGAUCACCAUCGUGGCCGGCGUGCUCUUCCUCCUGGCCGCCUUGCUCACCCUGGUGCCAGUGUCCUGGUCUGCCAACACCAUCAUCCGGGACUUCUACAACCCCUUGGUGCCGGAGGCGCAGAAGCGGGAGAUGGGCUCGGGCCUGUACGUGGGCUGGGCGGCCGCUGCGCUGCAGCUGCUGGGGGGCGCGCUGCUCUGCUGUUCGUGCCCGCCGCGCGAGAAUAAGUACGCGCCGGCCAAGGUCCUCUACUCCGCGCCGCGCUCCACCGGGCUGGGCACGGUCACCGGCACCGGCACGGCCUACGACCGCAAGGACUACGUCUGAGUGGGCACUCCCACCACCCCCACGAGCUGGCGCGCCCACCAGUCCUGCGUGCAGCCUUGCAACGGAUACCAGACAUCAGGCAGCUCUCUCGCUGGACUGGGAGGGCCCGCCCAGUGCCUCCUUCCCCAGCUGCCACCCCUCCUCGGGCUGGGGAGCGGGAUUGUAGAGACAAUGAAACCUCACCCCUCUGGAGCGCGGGGCUAGGAUGACUGCCGCUACUUGCCCGCCCCAUCGGGCUGCGGCCUCAAAGCCCAUGUUGGGCAGGGACCUGCUGUCUUGAAAAGCGCCACUUGAUAUUUUUCAAUAAAAGCCUUUCGUUUUGCA